AUGGCGCUGUUCCCAUUCUGCAAGACGCCCUCAGGUCAGUAUAACCUCAGCCACUGCUCCACCUCCUCUGCUUGUGUCAUGUCUGGUUGUUUCCCCCUAUCUUGUCAUCUAAUUGUGCAGCCAUGCUCAGUAAAAAAAAAACUUAUUUGCUCUAAAGACUAAGUCAGAAGAGGCAUUAAAGUUUUGCAAAGCUUUAACUGAUGUUUUCAAUGAAGAAAACACUUUCCGGGAAAUAUGUCCACGAAGUCAAAAUAAACCCUGAUUAGCUGCAGAACUUUUAUGCCCUGGUAUUAACCUCUUGACGAGUAAAGGGAAGUUACAGCCGAAGAAUGUAUGUGGAGAAUGAAGAUAAACAACUACAACUCACAUGUGCUUCUAUUUAGGAUCUAUCUCAUGCGUCAUGCUCUUGUUCAACAACUGGAUACUGAUCUCUUCACAUAAAUCUCUGAACACCAUCAGCCUGGUCUGCCUUCUGCUUUAUUUCUCUUUGCUCAGUUUGAACUUUAGUAGAUGACAUGGUUUUUCUGUUUUGCAUAUCAUGUUUAACACGGCUUGCUUGGUCAUUUCACUAAACUUCCUCAAAAACGUGGCAGGACUUCAUGCACUGUGCUACUGUUUCAAUAAAUCAUACACUCUGUUCAGUCUGUAAAUGUCACUCAGAUACCAGAGUCUUAUGUGUAUACAGUCUGUGGAUUUUACACAAGUUAUCAAAUAUAAUGUAUAAAAACUGCAUAUGCUUUCAGAUAACAUUAUUUGAGCAGUUAUUAGAAAUUUCUUUGGCCGUACAUUCUUUUCAUUCCUGUGAGUUUAAGCCCUUAUACCUGGCAGGAUUUAAAGGAUCACUCAUAGUAACAUGUGCUGAUCGGUAUAUUAAAGUGGCUUGUACUGUUUGAUUUAAUUGCUUACAUGUUUCUGUUUGUCCUUCAAACAGGACCAGUCAGAGUAACCAGACUGCAUCUUGUCCUGUACUGUUUUCUCCUGUCUCUUAUCAUCUGUAAGUGUACAAAGAAUUCGUUCUGCUCAACCACUCUGUAUUACGACAAUAAAAGCACACUGAAAAGCUUGCUUAAGGUACAGUAAAUGUGAAAGUCAACCUUACUGUCUAACCUGCAUUCAUUUAUUGAGUUAUGGAAACACAAGCAUGGAGAAAGGGUUCAAGUACUUGCCAAAAAAGUGUCACGGUUUGCUAUUUCUUUUACAAAGGAAAGGUGUUAAGAUAAAUUCAUCUCUUGUUUUACCACUCAGAUUUCCUCCAAGGACUCAAGGUCUCUGUCGGAGUGGACUCACCUAAUCCUUUUUUUCGGGCUUUGGUACCAGAAAAGGCUCAAGAAAUGUCAGACAUGACAGUUGUCAAGACACAGGUACCUCAAACUCCUCAGGAAACACCGUGGGGGGCUCCAUUAGUGUGGGGUGACAGCAGUAGCUCUGCUUGGCGCAGGGCUAAAUAUGCCCAAAAAGGGAUCCGUACUGGUCUGCUGACUGUUGUCGUGGGAACUUAUGCCAGGUUCAUUCGACGUUUCCUCUCAUCAGCUGAGCUCCACUUUCUCCCAGGUCGAAUGGUCACCUACUACAUUCUCACAGAUAACCCUCGCUCGAUGGACCCCUCCAUUGAGUUGGGUCCUGAACGAGAGCUGAAGGUGGUUACAGUUGCUGAGCUGCCAGGUUGGGACAGGUUGGCUUAUCGACGAAUGUCCCUACUGGUUGAAACCAUCAGACAUCCAAUUGGUACCAAUGUUGAAUAUCUCUUCUGCGCUGACAUCGAUCUGGAGUUUGUGGCCCCUGUUGGGGAAGAAAUUCUUGGAGAUCUGGUAGCAACGUUGCACCCAGAGCUCUAUGGGAUGCCAAGAGAUGCAUUCCCUUAUGAAGUGGAGGAAGUCUCAUCGGCUUUUGUUGACGAGGACGAAGGAGACUACUACUACACCUCUGAGCUGUAUGGAGGGUUGGUGUCAGAGGUUUACAGACUGGCUCGAGCCUGUUCUAUGCUCAUUCUGCAGGAUCAGGCCAAAGGAGAAAUGGCCAGGGGCCUGGAGGAAAGUUACCUGAACCGCUACCUGAUUGACCACAGGCCCACCUGUGUGCUUUCACCAGAGUACAGCUGCUGGGACUCAGCCCUCACUGCUGAUGUACCUGUACAGAGGGUCAUCUCUUUAGGAAGGCAAUGUGAGGCAACAGAUGUUCAGAUGAGAGAGCGGCUUGGAUGUUGA